CCCGAGUGAUCUCGGACCAAAAUUGCGAAUCGCAGACUGACUUGAUCAGCAUUGGACCUCGUACCUGAGCCUUCCAGAGCUCUACAGUCAGGAGUUUAUCCACUGUCAUGAUCAGAUAACACCGAACAUCACAACGAUCGACCCUCCCCCGGUGGCUGUCCGCUCCGGCUCGUGGCAGCCAUGUCGUCAACCAGUCCACGAAAGUCAAUUGAUAGCUUGGCGUCUGGGGUCUCGUCGCCUUCAAUCUCUUAUUCAGCAAGUCAGGUGGAAUCUCCGCGUGUGGCCCCUCAGCGGUUCCCCCUGAGGAGGGGAUCAACCGCGAGCUCGAUCGUGAGCAUUGGAGGUGUUCUGGACUCUUCUAACUACCAUGGCUCAAUCUCAGAGUCUGUCGCAGAGUCUGGGCAGAAUGCCAUUUCGACCCUCCUCCAGCCCCCAAUCAUCCGCACCGGUCUGACGACCGGUAGUUCCACUCCCUCCACCGGCUUCAAGCCCCCCUCGUCUCGUGAUAUCCCGCCGGUGACUCUGACAAACAUCAAGCAUGUCGAUGCAAAGGUCUUCCAGCCGUAUCUGUCGCAAGUGGGCAGUUUGUACGAUGUGUUUCAACAACCGAAAGAAGGCGCGGGGGAGGAUACCCUACCGGCACAGGCUGCCAAGUCUCCCAAGCCAGACUCUGAUCGCGAUUCGUUACUGCCAUGGUCCCCCGAGCGGAGGUCUUCGGUGAUGUCGAUCGGUUCAAGACCAUCUUCGCCAUAUGAUACACGCGGCCGACGGCCAUCCACCGGCCGUGGUCGCGCCCCCGCGGUUACUCCACUGUCCACCAUCCCUCCGGUUUAUUUUGAAGAGGGCUUCCAUCUCGAAAACCCCCGUACGUUCGAUGUGAUAUCAGAGAAAUCAGAUGUGGUUCGGCCGCCGAGGCCGCCGUCCAAAGACGACAAACACGCCAAUGGAUUAGUUGCGGAGCCAGUACAAACCGGAAGAAAAGCAUUAGCAACGAAUGCUAUCCUGCAAGAGAAGCUCUCGUGGUACAUGGAUACUGUGGAGAUCCACCUUAUUUCGUCUAUCUCAACGGCAUCGAAAUCGUUCUUCACUGCCCUAGGAUCUCUCCGAGAAUUGCACGCGGAAGCCGCCGACUCGGUCAACCGUAUACAAGUACUGAGAAGGGACCUACAGAAAAUCGAUAAAGAAAUGGCUCUAGGCGGUCUCAAAAUUGUCAAUUUGAGACGGCGAAGAGAGAAUGUACGAAUGUUGGCAGCUGCCGUGGCUCAGCUUCGCGAUGUGGUCGAAUCUGUCUCUCGGUGCGAAGGCUUGGUAGAGCAGGGCGAUAUUGAGGAAGCUGCCGAUGGACUGGAGGAAGUCGAAAAACUGAUGGCCGGUGAAAAGCUCUCCGACCGUGCCGCUUCGGAGGAAGAGGAAGGUGCCCCCAGACGCAUUAUCGACCUUCGAGGCAUCAAGGCCCUCGAGGGAGCAUCCGAUGACCUUGCACAGCUCCGCCAACGCAUUGGCAUGGGCUAUGAAACCCGGUUCUUGAAUGACCUUUUGGGGGAUUUACGACAGCAUGUUCAAACGGUGCCAUCGAAUGUGACCCUGCAGCGCUGGGGAAACUCAUUCCAACGGCAGCGAGGUGGUCAACGGUCUGGAGUAUCUGUAUCGCCUGCCUACAUGAAUUUCAAUAACGAGUUGCGAUCCCAAUUGAACACCCAGCUCAACGGACUCGCGCGUGCUCACUAUACAAUGUCAGCGGCAACUUCUUUCAAAACCGCUGUUUUACGAGAAAUGAAGGGCCUUAUUCGCAAACACCUGCCCAGUUCUAGUGAUGAUGAUAAUGAAUCUAUGGUGUCGCUAUCAACACAUGCCGGUGCUCAGCUAAGCCAACAAGAGAAGUCGUCAAUUCUUGCUCGCAAUCUGCGCGCUCUCGACUCAGACGAUGCUUAUGCGAUGUUGAUGAAUAUCUACACCGGGAUCAGCGAAUCGCUCCGGCGACUCAGCGUCCAAGUCAAAGUUCUUCUGGAUAUUGCUAGCGGCUUGGGGAAUUCGCCCACUUCCGGUGUCAAGUCACCACCACGAAGCCCCAACCCGCAGAGUAUGGAUCAAGCUAUAAACUCUUCACAGAUUGGGCCAACAGCCUCUGACAUGGCCCAGGAUGAGAUUCUGCAGGUUUUGGAUAUGUCGAGUCUGCUUGGUCAGGCUGUUGACAUCGCCCAAUCCCAGAUAACAAAGGUGUUGAAAGUACGAUCUGAACAGACCGCCCAGCUUUCCAAGGAGGAAUUCCUCAGGUACUUCACUCUCAAUCGCCUGUUUGCCGAUGAAUGCGAGGCCAUCUCGGGACGUAGUGGUACUGCUCUGAAGACCAUUGUCGGAAAUCAAAUCCGCGAUUUCAUUACCCGUUUCGGUGAUGGUCAGCGCCAUCAAAUUGUCAAGGUCAUGGAUGCCGAUCGAUGGGAUGCACGAGAUUUCGGAGAUGCCGAGAACACCAUUCUUACUAGGAUUCUCGAUGCAAGCACCAAAGACAUCGACGCCUGGGUCGAGGUUUCCAAAAUCUGGAUUCCACGUCCUGGAAACGAGCAAGGCAAAAUUGCUGAUACUGCGGCUGAAAAUGGGAUAGACAAGUCCAAGGUUCGCAGUGCCGUCAUCGAUGAACAGAAAUACAUUCUGCCUGACUCUGCUGUUGCCAUGAUGCGCAGCAUUGAGGAGUUCGAUUUCCUCAUGUCGAAUAUCCCCAGCAUGAUCCAGGAUAUUGCCCCGCACCUACUAGAUAUCCUGAAACUGUUCAACUCGCGGUCAUCGCAGUUAAUUCUUGGAGCCGGCGCUACACGUAGUGCAGGCCUGAAAAACAUCACAACUAAGCAUCUCGCGCUGUCAUCACAAGCAUUGAGCUUUGUUAUUGCUCUGGUCCCGUAUGUGCGAGAAUUUGUCCGUCGCCACGGACAGGCAAACCCCUUGAUGGCCGAGUUCGACAAAGUUAAGCGACUAUGCCAGGAGCAUCAGAGCGGUAUCCACGAGAAGCUGGUGGAUAUCAUGGGCUCGCGCUCUUCGGUCCAUGUGAACGCGAUGAAGAAGAUCGACUGGAAUUCCAAGGGAGCGACUCCUGCUGUGAAUCCUUACAUGGAAACCUUGGCCAAGGAGACGGGGACUCUACACCGCGUCUUGAGCAAGCAUCUUCCAGACAUGACAGUUAGCAUGAUCAUGGUACCUGUAUUCAACAGCUACCGUGAUCAAUGGACGAAGGCCUUCCAGGAGGCCGAUGUGCAGACGGAGGCCGGAAAGAAGAGAAUGCAAGCCGAUGUCGAGCAUUUCCGAAGCAAACUGAGCAAAAUCGAAGGCGCCAGCGAGGUUGGCGACAAGCUCCUCGAAGUUGUGCGAGGCAAACCCAUUACCAUCACCGACGAACCCGAGAAGUCCGAGACGAGUGAGAAUCAACAAGAUCAGGACGGUAGCUCGGAUUCCACCAAGUCAUGAUUUGCAUUAUCCUCGCCCGUUUACCCUUAUACAUAUAAUUUCGUUUCUGCAUGUUCCUUUCUUGCCCGCGCGCUCAUUCCCGAGCUGUACACUUCUUGUUAUUUGCUGCUACCACAUAUAUGUCUACCAGUUGCAUUUAU